CUGCUGAUUCAAAACACUCGACUUUACAGUUUCAAAACCGGAUGCUGCAGGAAGGUAGAAAAACAAUAUCAAAAACGCGCAUAUCCGAGGUUUUGCGUGUUUUUUUAGACCGCAACACGGGAAUGGACACAGUCAAGUAAUCCGUGUUUUCAAAACUGAUGGCUGGCUAUGGAAUCAGAACUGUUGAUUGGCUGGCAGGAGGAGAGGGCGGAGCUGAGGGCGGAGUUAUCACGUCUGCAGGAUGAGUUGGCAGUGAGCAGAGCGGAGAGGGAGGAGCUUGAGUCUCGAGCUCAAGCUUUGACUGACAGGCUGUCUCAGACGCUGGACCCUUCUCUGUCAUUAUCAGUGCGUCUGGACGAUGAGCAGCGAGAAUGGCGGAGGAAGCUCAGAGAGGGCAGAGAGAGAGAAGCCAGACAGGCUCUGCUCAUUCAUAAACUUCAGAACAAGGUGUUGGAAUACAGGGCUCGCUGUCAGACUCUGGAGCAGCAGACGAUUAGUGAGGAGCGAGAGCUGAGGAUCAGAGAGAGGAUGCUGCGGGAUGAACGCAGUGACACACUGGAGAGCACCCUCAUCAGGCUGGAGGAGGAACAGCAGAGAUGUUUAGGGCUCUCAGAGGUCAGCACUAUUCUGCGGAGUCAGCUCAGCCAAUCAACAGAGGCUAAUGAAGCCCUGCGGGACGACCUACGAAAGCUAACAGCCGAUUGGUCCAAAGCGGUGGAGGAGGUGGUGCAGAAGGAAAUUGAUUGGCAAAAAGAGAAAGAGGCUUUAACAGGCUACAUAGGGAAGGAGCAGACCAGGUUGAUGACUUUGUGGGGACGUGUAGUCACUCUCAAACGCCAGUGUCACUCUCUGAAGACGGCUACUGACAAAGACCUGUGGGAGCUGAGAGCUGAGUUCUCUCGUCUCUCCUCAUCUCUCCUCUCUUCUCCUCGAUCAGUUCCCAUGAUGCCCCAUGACUCCUCUGUAGGCCACUCCACUACAGCGCAACUGCUCUCCUCCUCCCAGGGGCCGCUGUCUCUUGAUGAUCUCAGUCAUGAACAAACUGGCGAGAGGAAGUCGACUGAAUUAAAAGCUGACAUUGAGUCAGAGACCCUGGAACUCAGGAACAGAAUCACAGAGCUGAAUAUGACAAUACAGGCUCUUGAAUCUGAACGGGAGAAGCAGGAGGCAGAGAUGGAGAGGAGACACAGGCAGGAGAUGGAGAGAGAAAAAGAUCGAGAAAGGAAGUGGGAGAGACAGAUAGAAAUGGAGAGAAACUUCGAGUCUGUCAGACAUGCUGUCACGACACUGUCAAGGGUUCUCGGCUCUCAGCAGAUGAGCGGACAGUCAAGCUCUCUGUCUUCAGACGAUGUGUCCAGUGAAGGAUUGUCCUCUGUCCUCUCUGUCAUCGCUCAAGCGGAGACUGCCCUGCAGUUGAGACAACAGGAAGUACAGGAUGCUCAGAUGAGCCUGCGUAGACUUGGAACAGAGAAAGAAUCACUGGAGCGGAGAAUCAUGCAGUUGGAGAGUGAGAGAGCAGAGUUUCAGGAACAGACAGAUCAGGGAGCACUGCAGAUAAAACACACACAAGAACUACUGAACAGUGAGAGGGAAAUGGUGACUAGUUUGCGCAGUCAGAUAGAAGGGGCUGAGAGACUCGCUGAGGAGCUGAGACAGGAGAAUGAACACUUGAGACGACAGAGAGAGAAGGAGGAGGAGGAGAGAAUCCAGCUGGAGAGAGAGAGACAGAAACGCAUGGAGACAGAGAUGCUAGAGACCACUCAGCUGUGCGAGAGAGAGACUCGUACCCGUCUGGAGAUGCACAGCCUGCAGGGAGCGCUAGAGAGAGAGAAGCUGGACAGAGCACGAGCUGAGCAAGAGGCCGCAGACACUAAAGAUUCCUUACUCAAGGCACGGGAGUCAUUACUGGCCCUGUCUUCCAGUCAUACCCAGCUCAAGAGGGAGCUGGCAGAAGGUCGAGAUGCCCUGGAGAAGAUGGCUACUUUAAAUGAAGCUCUGGCCAAGGACAAGAGAGAACUCAGUGUUCGUGCUCUGCAGCUGGAGACGGAGGUGGCAGAAGCCCAGGCCCAGAUCCAGGCAUGUGGCGCAGAGAUGGCAGGUCUGCGCAGAGAAGUGAAGACCUCGUCUCUAGAGGCCAACGAAUUAAGGGAACGAAGAGAGACGGAUCUGAAAACUCUGCAGCAGCUCCGAGACCGGGAGAGAGAGCUGGAGAAUGAGCUGGAGACUGAGAGGGAGGACAGAGAGAGGGAGGUGACUGCUCUCACAGAAGAGAAGAAGAAUAAUGAACAAAGGAUUGCAGAGUUAACUGAGCAGUGCAGCAUGAUGAUGAAGGAGUUGCAGAGUGUCCAGGCAGAACUGCUCAAAGCAGCAGAGCAGCAGAGAAGAGCUGAACGAGAGCGAGACGACCUAAUCAGAGAGAACCAGAGACUAGAGGACAUAGUGUGUUCACUGGAGAGAGAGGAGGAGGAACUCACACAGGUCAAAGAGGAACUCGGAGGUGUGGUAGCAUGCCUCCAAAAGCAGAUUGCUCAGGUUCAGGAACAGGCCUCAGGUCUGGAGAUGCAGUGCAGUCAUCUGCAAACACAGGUGGAAACGCUGACACAGACCAAAGAUGUCUUGCAAGGAGAGAUUCAGUGUCUACAGACCGACUUGGAGAGAGAGACAGCACAAAGAGAGUGGGAAAGAAAAGAAUCAACGGAGGAAAGAAGGAAGAGUGAAAGAGAUAUAGAAAACUGGCAGUCAGAAUGCAAGAGGAUUCAGAGAGAUGUUGAGCAAGAAUCACAGAAAAACAAAGUACAAGCAGAAGAGAGCAAAAUAGAGAGAGAAAGAUGGCAAAAAGAGAGAGAAGCUCUGAAUGCAGAACUUGGCCAGAAAGAUGGAGAAGUGGAGAUACUGAGGAACAAGAUUGAUCGUUUGUUAAAAGAAAAAGAAGAGCUUUCAGACAUCUUAGACAAAAGAAACACAGAACUUGAGAAACUACAAACGAAAUCAGCAGCAGAGCAGAAAACAGCUGAACUAAGACUGAGAGAAGCGUGUGAUGAGAUUGAGAGAUGGAAGGAGAGAGAAAAUGAGGUUCAGAGAGAGAAAGAAGAGUUAAAUCAGAAGUUUAUAGAAAGUGUGGAAAGAGAAAGUCAAAACCUCAAGAUCAUAGAGAGAGAGAAGUCAAAGAUGUCUGAUCUGCUGAAAAAUAAGGAGGAUGAAAUACGAAAGAGAGGAGAGGAUAUCGAAGAGUUAAAAUUUAAAGUCCAAUCACAUGAGAGAACAAUUGAGCGUCUGGAAAUAGAGUUACAAGAGAAAGAGACCUUGGAGAGUAGAUUAGAAGCCCUGGAGAAACACAACACUCAACUGAAAGAGAGAGAGAUGGAGAAAAUAAGAGAAAAUGAAACCAAACAAAACAAAAGAGAUGAGCAAGAGAGGGAGAAAGAUAUGCGGUGUAGAAGACAGUUAGAACAGAAAGAUGGAGACUUGAUAGAGCUCAAAAGCAGAAUUGAUGAACUGAUGAGAGAGAAAGAACAUAUCUCAUUACUCGUGGAAGAAAGAGAUAAAGAUGUUGAACAAUUACAAACUAUGUUGUCCACAGAAAAGAGAACUCUUGAACUGCGACUGAAAGAGGUGAAAGACAAUGUGGAGUGGUGGAAGAGACGAGCUGACAACAUAGAAAAAGUGAAGGAGAGCGUAAACCGGGUUGCUGAAAGAGAGAGGACAGAACUAAGAGAGCUUCUUAGAGAAAGAGAGGAAGAGGUACAAAAGAGAGAAGAGGACAUUGGUGAUCUCAAAGGUAGAAUUCAGUCAUUAGAGGUAAUCAUAGAGAAACUAGAGGCUGAUGUUGAGCAGAAGGACGAACAACUUAAACUUCUAAAGGAGCAAAACUCUAAGAUGAAAGAGAAGGAGAUGGAGAAACAAAAAGAGGUGGACAGAAAGCAACUGGAGCUUAAGGAACAGGAGAAACAACUGAAUAGAGAAUUAGAAGAUCUCAAUACCAAAAUGGAGGCAGUCAUUCGAGAAAAAGAGGAGACACUAGAAAGGGUGGAUGAGAGAGAUAGUGAGCUAAAAGAAUUACAAGCAAAACUUGUACAAGAACAGAAGAUGUUCGAACAGAAGCUCAAAGCAGAACACGAAGAGGUGAACAGGUGCAAAGCCAAGUUAAUUGAGAUGGAACGAGACCGGAUGAACUCAGAAGAAAGGGAAGAAGAGAGAAGGAAAAGACAGGAGAUUGAGGAAAGAGAUAGGGAGCAGAUACUGAGAGGAGAGCUCCUUCAGAAGGAGACAGAGUUGAGGCAGUUGAGACUGAAGAUUGAUGAACUGAACCAGGAGAAUGAGGAGGGCAGGAAAAUAAGAUUGGAGCAACAAGAAGACCUUGAACGCCAAACUGGCCUCCUACAAGACACAGAGGAGGCGGCACAGGCACUGAAGAAGAGUUUACAACAAAAAGAAAAAGAGGAAAGGGAUAGAGUCCACCGUGAGGAAGAAGCAAUGAAAAGGCUGAGAGAAAAGCUGCACGAAGCCGAGCAGAGGAAUCUUGAUGUUUCAAGCAGUCUACAGGAGACUGAAACGGCACUGGAGAAGGAAAAGCGUCAACAUCGAGAGAAAGAGGAGACACUUAUGGACUGUAAUCAAGAGCUACUAUUGGUCAGGCGUGAGCGAGAUCAAGAGAGGGAGACUGUUGAAGAUAUGAAGAAACUUAUAGGCGAACAGGGCAAAGAGGUGAAGACGCUGAAGGGAAAACUGGAUGAACGGUUAGGAGAGUUGGGAAGGUUGUCACAACUGCUGCAGGAGAGCCGAGGGGAAGCACAAGUGCUUGAAUCCAGGGUAGAGAACAGUGAAGAGGAGAAACAAAGAUUGAAGAGGUCUUUGAGUCAGAUUGAAGAUGAGAGGAGGCGUCUGGAGACCCAACUGAGAGAUGAAAAGAUGGUAGGGGAAAGGCUGAGAGCCAGGCUUGAGGAUCUGCAAAAAGGUCAGCAUAUCCUGAUGGAGGAGAAGACAGGACGCAUGGAAAAGCUUGGGGCCCGAGUACGAGAGCUGGAGGAGGAGAGAGACCAUCUCUCAGCAGAGCUUCGCAGGAAAGAGCGAGAGAUUGAGGCUCUGAGAGAUGAAACGCUUCGAGAGAGGCGAGACAAGGACAGGAUAAGCUCUUUGCUGAAUGAUGCAAAAGAAAGGAAAGAAGCACUGGCUGCCCAGGUGGAUACUUUACAAGAACAGUUGGUUAAUCUUUCAAGAACCAAAGAAGAAACCAGGUCAAAAAUCCAGGAACGAGAAGAGCAGAACCAGAAGAUGCGAGAGGGCCUGAUUGCAGGCCUUCAAGAGAUGGCGACUCUGAAGGAACUGCUAGAAGAGAGUCAUCGUGAGGGAGAGAGACUCCGGUCCAUGAUGCAGGAAAAGAAGGAUGAGUUGGUCCGAAGCAGAGAGGAAGGUGUUAGGGCAGCACAGAUUGAAGCCAAAGAUCUUCUACUCAAAGUCCAGAUGUUAGAGAAGCAAAAACAGGAGCUUAAGACUGCCCUUCACCUCCAAGAGGAACAUCUUAGAAAGAAAAAUGAGGAAGGUUUGCGAGAGAAGGAACAAAUGCAGCUAAGACAUGAGAAGCUAGAAGAAGAAUUGGCGACCAUGAAGAGCGUAGCAGAGCAGAGAGAGGCUGAGCUGACCAGAGCGAAGGCUAGAAUGGACAUCCUGGAAGAUCAGAGGACUGAACUCAGCUCUUUGGCAGCAGAAAGGACCAGAGAAGCAGAGGAACUGAGCAACAGAUUCAGAGAGCUGAGACAGGAAGUGGACAGACUGAGAGAGGACAGAAGAAGAGAGAGUAAAGACUGGGAGGAACUCAAACGAGAAAAUAAUGAGAAACAAGGUGUGUUAGAGGGAUUGGAGCUCCUCAGAAAAACAGUGAGUGAAAAGGAAAAGGAGAUAGAAUCGAUGAAAGAGAAAUAUGAAAAUGAGAAAAGAAAAAGUGAGAAAUUUCGGCAAGCGGAGGAUCAAAACAUAAGACAACUAGAAUUAUUGUCAGAGAGACUCGAGGACAAAGAAACUGAGCUGGAGAGUAUUCGAGAAAUGGCGUAUAAAGAACAGUCAGCAAAACUUCGAUUGCAAGAUGAAUUUGAAGAUGAGAAAAGAAAUACCAAGAUAUUGAGGGAAGAAAUAGAAACCUUAGAGAAAGAGAAACAAGAGCUUGAGACCAAAAUGGAAGAGGAUUUACGCAAUCUUAGAGAAUCUGAAAAGAAAAACAAUGGAAUGAAGAUGGAUAGUGGCCAUGGUACUCUAUCAGACUUCCUAAAAAUCAAUGCUGAAUAUCAGUUUCAUGACAAGUUGUUAGAGACAGACACACUUAGAAAGGACCUUACAAAAAAGGAACAGGAAAUCGAGAGAUUGAAGACCAAGGCUCAGACCCUACAGACUGAGAUCAACAGACUGCACUCCACAAUAAGAAAUGAGAACAUAAAAACUGGACCACCAGACACUCGGGACUGGGGAAGGCUAAAGGAACAAAUGUCCACUGUCCUUUUAGAAAAGGAGGAGAGGGACAGACUCCUCAGAGAGAAGGACGUUGAGGUAUAUGCUCUGAAAGAGCGAAUUGAAGAGCUGAGUAAAGACAGGGACCGUGUCAGGACGGCUCUAGAGAAAACUGAAUCCACGCUGAUUUACUAUAAGGAGAGGCUGGAACAGCAGGAGCAUAAGAGAAAGCAGGCAGGAGCUGAUACAUCACAGGAGAAAGAGCUUGAACCGAAGGCCCAGUCUGUAAAUGAAGUGGAGACAGACUUGGCAGUGCAGGGGCGUCUCUCGGCAAUGCAGCGGGCCGUGGCAGAACUGGAGGUGGAACAGAACCUUCUGCAGAAGAAAAACAAUCAUCUGGAGAGGAAGAUUGAGAGACUACGAACUGAGCGACAGCACCUGAGAGAGACGCUGACACAGGUUGAGCUGGAAAGGGGGAAACUGAGGCAUCAGCUGUCACAGACAGAAGCUGGAGUUCUGGCCCUGUCAGAUGGUACUGAAAAGGAAGAGCUUAAGCGUCUCAGAGUCCGAGCCAAUGAGCUGGAAGAACAGGUUCAUCAUCUUCGUCUCACGUUGGCCGUGGACCAUCAGCACAGGGCAGAGUUCAUAGACCGCUCUCUAAAGAACAGCCAGAGUCUGAUGUCCCUGAAACAAGAUCUGAACGAGUCUCUAGCUGCGGUGUCCCAGCGGCCCGUCCCCUCAGUGCUGGAGUCAGAGACACAGAGGCUGGACAGGAGCAUCAGAGAGGAAGAGCUCCGAUUGUCUCUCAGCCAAAGCUAAAGAAAUGAAACUCCUUGAUGUCUUAUGACUAUUAUAUAGUUCAUUUAACGCUAUAUUUUUUGCACUUAAUAUUAAGUCAUUUCUGGCUGCGAGCCUACGAUUUAUUUCACACUCAGGGUCUGAAAUUGUUUUACUGUUACUUUGCAUUUAAAAAAAAAAAGCAUUUCAAUAGGUUGGAAAUCAUUCUUAAAAUGCUAAUCCACUACAAAAUAUCUUAAGGCAUCUAUUUUAACUAUUGGCAAAGGUCAGGUUUACGUCUGUCAGAUAAUUUACAGAUAAUUUUACAGCUGAAAGCUUUGCAGCCGUGUUUACAAUACUUUUCAAAGCUAUUCUGUCAGUGUUAUGUGUGCAAUAUAAGCAAUCUGUUUAAUGAAAUGUAAUACUGUGGGUUAUUUUUUUAUCUUCAUUUUUUAAAUAAACUUGAUUCAAAAUCACAUUUUUGGAUAUUG